AUGCCAAGGCAUAAUUCCGUCGUGCCGUCACCAUCCACCUGCCGUCGGCCCGACCACACGGAGACAUUCGAUUUCAUCAAAGUUGUCGACUGGCGAAUCGUGGCAAGUGCCAAACACGUGGAGGUCGCAGCAGCGCGGGCUGUGUGCGAAUACCCUGCGGCGGCGGACUUGCCCACCAAGACGCGGAUCUCCCAGACGUACGUGGAGUGGGAGGAAAACGGCUCGAAGCUUCUCCAGAACGCCAAGGUCCACCCGACGAUGACAGCUCCGGCCGUGGACGCCACCCAGCUUGUUUUGGUCGUCGGCCAACAGCGAGUGAGCGUUGACAAGAGCUGGCGCAGGCUUUGGACCGAAGUAAUUGAGCUGCCGAUACGUAACGGCAGACAGGCGAGAGUUUUGGCCGGCGGCACAUACUUCUUCGGCCUCAUCGUGUGGGACGAGGCCCACCAGGUUCGCGGCCUGAACACGACCACCGCAAAGGUCCUGUGGGAGAUGCUGUCGCGGCAGACGCGCAGCCCGAUGGUGGUGUUGGCCACCGGAAGCCCCAUCACCAGCGGGUUCAAGGACCUGGCGCUGAUGCUUUCCAUGAUCCGCAAUCAGCCGGGGCAGCGGCAGGCGCUUGCUAUCCGGGCCGAUCUGGCCACCCUCGACACCAAAACGGCCAGUCUCCAGAAGGGAGCCGGUGAGCUCAUCGUGGCCGGGGAAAAUAGGUCCCUCGGCAAAGAUGUCAUCGCGGAGUGUGCCAGGUUACUAGGACGCGACAUUUUCAAGAGGGGCCCUACCAGCUUGUUUUUUGGUCAUCCGAUUAUGGAAAAAAAGGAGGUUGUUACGGAGCGAGUCGAAUGCCCGAUCGACCCCGAGUUCCGGGACGCCAUGGAUAGCCUCGUCGCCAAGGUGGGCAGCGCGGUUGUGCAGAAGCUACAGGCCGCCCGGGCAGCAGACGGCGGCGGCGAUGACGCAGCGCCGCGUCGAUCGAAGGGCAAGCAGAAAACGACGUCGCGCGCCGACGGCGACAUGGCCAUCAUCAGCAAGAGCCAGGAGGUGCGCCAGCUGGACCUCGCCACUCACCUGCCCGGCCUUCUGCGGACGUGGAAGACGACGCAGAUCGAGACUCGCUGGACGGACAUCGUCGAUGCGAUCGGAUACGGCAAGGGCCUGCCUGUCCCGCCGACGUACCUCGACAAGGCGCGCGUGCCUCCCGGCAUAUGGAACAGCCUGAACGACGUCCUUGCCGACUGCAGCCGGACGGCGAACCUGCUCGACAUCUGCACGAAAGCUUUCAAUGACUGCCAGAUCUAUCCCGAUGAUGUCGAGUGCGGGCCCGGAUUCGGCGGUCCCAAGAACGUCGUCAUCUUCACCAAGUGGCCUGUUCUGGUCUAUCUGGUCCAGCUGUGGUUCGAGACGAGGGGAGACGACAGGUUCCAGACAGCGCUCGUGCACAGCGGCGUGCCGGGAGAAGAACGCCAGAAGAUCAUCGACUGGUUCCGGGAGUUCAACGAGCCACGCGCCGGGGCCAGCGGCAAGUACGACCUCAAGCGGCUCACCAAGGUGUUCAUCACCACAUACGCGGUCAGCGGCACCGGUCUCGACGCGCUCAAGGUGGCCAACUACUGCGUCCACUUUGGCGUGAUGAAGAAUGUCAACGAGGAGAGGCAGGCGACUGGCCGGAUCGACCGACAGGGCCAACUCCUCACGAGCUUCGUGUACUAUUUACAGUCGAUGGCCGAGCCUCUCGAUCGGCUGACAGCGGGGAUGAGAGAUAUGAGGAGCGCACUUUACGGGGAGUGGGGACUGUUGGAGGAGGUCGUCAGGCUGUUCCAGCCGCAGUGUCAGGCGGUCCAGACAGGAUCGCAGUAA